AGAAAUUCCUGUAGGAUGUUUGUUUACUAGAUGUAAGGAAUGGUACUUACCCUCUAUAAAGAAAAGAUCAUAAUGCUUUAUGUUUCAAAGCUGUACUGUCAUAAAAAAAUUUCUGACUGAAAGAGAAAACGACAAGAUGGCUGCAACUUGUGGCAUAUUUUGAAUGGAAUUCAGCUUUAUUAAAUAGGAAAAAUCGUGCAAUAACUAUUUAAAAAAAUAUUUUAUCUAUAUUGUGUCUUUAAUUGUUUCAUAAAUUAUAUUUUUAAAUAUUUUAUAUAUAUUUACAGAAGAUAAAUACUAUUCUUUUGAUUAAAGUAGUAAAGCAUAGUCCCAACAAUUAAAUUUUAAGAUAUGUCGUUUGAAUAUCCAUUGGAACAACCUCAUGUUAGUAAUAUUUAUAACCAGACAUUUAACUUGUAUGGAUCUUUAAAAAUAUUGUUUACAAAUUGGAAGUAAAGAGAAGCCAUAUGCUAAUAAUAAAAGAAUUUUUCAGAACAAUUAAUUUUGAAAGGACAUUUUAUUCGUAGUUUCGUGAUGAAUAAGUCACACGUAUGUGAUUUUAUCCCAAAUUUUCUCCAGUAACAAAACUCGAAGAAGCUUUAAUUGAUAAUAGUGAAACCAUAUCUUUGGCGACAUUUACGGAAAAGCCCCGAUAUCGCCAUUUAAUAUUACAUUUACGGCUGUAUAUAAAAAUGGAGUCAUUUUCUUGUGACAUAUGUAAUAAAACAUUUUCUAAAAAAUCAUAUUUAAUGAGACAUUUAUGGAGACAUACGGAAGAGAAGCCGUUUGCGUGUGAAGUAUGUAACAAAUCAUUUUUUGAAAAGUCAAAUUUACAAAGGCAUUUUCUUAGACAUACGAAAGAGAUGCCUUAUGCCUGUGAUGUCUGCAAUAAAACAUUUUCCGAUCAAUCGCACUUAGUAACACAUUUACGGACGCAUACAAAAGAGAAACCAUUUACCUGUGAUAUAUGUGAUAAGGCAUUUUCGGAUAAUUCGAAUUUCAAAAGGCAUGUAAACAAGCAUGGUCAAGAGAAACCUCAUGCUAGUGAUACACGUAAUCAAACUAAGUCGAAUUUAAAUGCAAAAGAAAGGCCGUAUAUUUGUAAUAAGUGCAAUAAAACUUUUUCUCAAUAUUCUCAUUUGACGGCACAUUUACGGAUCCAUACAGAAGAGAAACCGUAUUCUUGUGACAUUUGCAAUAGAGCGUUUUAUCAGCAGUCUCAUUUAACAGCGCAUUUGCGAACUCAUACGAAAGAGAAACCACAUGCUUGUGAAGUGUGUAAUAGAGAAUUUUCUGAAAAGUACCAUUUAAAAGCACAUUUGCGUACUCAUACGAAUGAAAAACCGUUUUCAUGUGAUGUGUGCAAUAAAACAUUUUCCCACUCGUCGAAUUUAAAGAGACAUUUAUGGAUACAUAUAAAAGAAAAACCAUUUGCAUGUGACUCGUGUGAUAAAACAUUUCCUGGAGAGCCAUGUUUAAAAGCACAUUUACGGAAGCAUGAAAAAGAGAAACUGUUUGUGGGUGAUAUAAGUAAUGAAACAUUUUUUGAAAAGUCGCAUUUAAAAGUACGUUUGCAGAUGCAUACGAGAAAAAAGUUGUUUGCCUGUGAAAUAUGUGAUAAAAUAUUUUACCGCUCAUGGAACUUAAAAAGACAUUUAUGGACACAUACACAGGAAAAACAGUUUACAUGUGACGUGUGUAAUAAAAACUUUUCCAAGAGAUCUCUUUUUAAUACACAUAUUUUGACGCAUAAUAUUAAGGAUGAAUAAACUGUAAUCUACAAUGUUUAUUGAGCCUUUUUUUUAUUCAGCAAAAAAUUUUUAAUAAACCUUGACUUCACUUACUGAAAAGGGAUAUUAUAUUUGUGGCUUAUAUACUUUAGUUAUUAUUAUUAUUAUUGUAAGUAAACUGUUUGUACUAAACAUAAUAUUUUAAUUGAUUAAAUGAGCGCGUUUCUAUAUUUCAUUUUGACAAGUGAAUUAUUGGAAGUACCAUAUCAAUUUCCAUAUUUCUAUCUCUUAAAAACCUACAUCAUUGAGUGGCAUUGGCCUCUAUCCAUUACUAGACACAUAUUACAGAAUAGUUGCUUUUUUUCACUUUUAUAUUAGAUAAUUUUCACCCAUAUUCACUGGAGAUUUAAUAUAUGACGAGCAUUGUUACAGUUACUUUUAAAGCAUGCACUCAAUGCAACAUGGUACAACUCGGUUUUAACGGCGCCCAAAAAGCGCCAAGAAAAAAGUACGCGAAGUUAUAAAAAUAUGCUCAAGCGCAUUAUUAUUUAUGAUGAAAAAUUUUGAAUGUGCAAAUUACAUGCUAUAUAGGUUGACGAUUGAAAUCGCGAAAUUGGCGAAAUUUUUUCUUGGCGCUGUUUGGCUGACGUAACAACCGACAAGCACCAGUAACAUUGGUUUGUUUAUUUCACACUAAAACAUUUUCUACGUGUAAAAGUAUGGGAUAGAAGCCUUUGUCGCUAUAUCCCUCAUUGUUUAUAUUCAAGAUUCAAGCUUAUUUUACUUGCAAAAGUGUUAAGAGUUAAUGAUUAACAAGAAACAAAGUUGUGUAAUAUGUUUAUGAAAGAAGGACUGAAGUGAAGUUUCAUUUUAUUACCAUAGUUCAAUUAUUAGAUAUGAUAUAUUGUAUUAAUUAUUUUAUAUUUGUUGUUAUUUCCAUCUCCAAUGAAACUUCUAAAUAAAAGUUUCUUAGACAGACAUCUUAUAAAUAAAAGCUUUAUACAUUUGAAUUAAAUUUUGUUAAAUGAACCAAAAAUAUUUACAUUUAUUGUAGAACUUU